AUUGUGUCGCCCGCUGCCUGGUAGCCGCACAUGCUAGCCUGUUAGCUGUUUACCUGGCUUUACCGAGCAGGCAGGUUUUGUUAAAGUGCUGCCACACCUGUCGGUACACACCUGUGUUUCACAUAUUACCGGCCGCGUGGUUUCGGUUGACUUGUCAGGUUAACGGGGCGUGAGACCAGCGCUAGCCGGGUGUCAGUGCAGGCUAGUGAAUGUGUUUGUGCGCUAGCCCCGGGUUAGCUCGAUAGCUAGCUGAGUAGCGGUGUUUUCUUUUUAAAGCCCGGAGGAGGAAUGAACCACAAGAGUAAAAAGAGGAUCAAAGAGGCGAAACGGAGCGCCAGGCCCGAGCUGAAGGACUCUCUGGAUUGGAUAAAACACGGCUACCAUGAGACGUUCGACCUGUCGCACCGCACCGUGAAGGACAACGUGGAGCGAGUGGACGCUCUCCACCUCAGUCCAGAGGAGUUCAUCCAGCGCUUCGAGAGGCCCUACAAGCCUGUCGUCCUGCUCGGCUGCCAGGAGAACUGGCCCGCCCGGGAGAAAUGGACCCUGGAGCGCCUCAAACGCAAAUACCGCAACCAGAAGUUCAAGUGCGGUGAGGACAACGACGGCUACUCGGUGAAGAUGAAGAUGAAGUACUACACGGAGUACCUGGAGUCCACCAGGGACGACAGCCCGCUCUACAUCUUCGACAGCAGCUACGGCGAACACGCCAAGCGCCGCAAGCUGCUGGAGGACUACCAGGUUCCCGUGUUCUUCACGGACGACCUGUUCCAGUUCGCUGGGGAGAAACGCCGGCCGCCGUACAGGUGGUUCGUGAUGGGCCCGGCCCGCUCCGGUACCGGCAUCCACAUCGACCCGCUGGGCACCAGCGCCUGGAACGCCCUGGUUCAGGGCCACAAGAGGUGGUGCCUGUUCCCCACCAACACUCCCAGAGAGCUGAUCAAGGUGACCAGAGAGGACGGAGGCAACCAGCAGGACGAGGCUAUCACCUGGUUCAGCGUCGUUUACCCGCGGACACAGCAGCCAUCAUGGCCGCCCGAGUUCAGGCCGCUGGAGAUCCUACAGAGACCCGGAGAGACGGUGUUCGUACCCGGUGGAUGGUGGCACGUUGUUCUUAAUCUGGACACGACGAUCGCCGUCACCCAAAACUUCGCCAGCACGACCAACUUCCCCAUCGUGUGGCACAAAACGGUCCGAGGACGACCCAAGCUCUCCAGGAAGUGGUACCGCAUUUUGAAGCAGGAGCGACCCGACCUAGCGGCGCUGGCAGACAAAGUGGACCUACAGGAGUCCACGGGCAUCGCAUCUGACAGCUCCAGUGACUCUUCAUCCUCUUCAUCCUCCAGCUCAUCCGACUCCAACUCCGAUGCGGAGUCGGGCUCGGAGGGCGACGCCAUGUCUCACCGCCGGAAGAAGCGUCGGACCUGCGGGACGGCAGCGAACGGCGACACCAGCAACCAGGACGACUGUGUCAGCAAGGAGAGGAGCUCGUCACGGUGACCUCCGACCUCCGGCAGCGGCGGCUUCGCUCUCAGACAGACCUCCACUCCAGCUGCUUCUGGUCGAGUUUACGUCCCCGGACGGAGGCAGUCUGCAGAAGCAAGAUGGCCGCCGCCGACGAGAGGCUGCUGGAGACCUGCCACCACUGUGCUUUCAACACCAACCAGUCUCUGUUUGUCUCUGUAGGAACCAGGACUCUUGAAACUCGCUGAGCUGCUUUCUGACGUGAAGAACUGAUAUUUUCUUUGACUAAAAUUAUCAGCAGAGUCAGUGACGACACAGUUUGGCUUCUGGGUUUUUUUGCUGCGAGCUCUGGACACAGUUAAACACAUAAUGCUGCGUUCGAGUCAACUCGGAGAGUUUCUGUCCAGACAUCCUCACAAGUGAACGUUAAUUAUCUACUAAAUGACACUUUAUCACUCGUCGUGUGUCAUAUUCAGACUAAUUUAAUGUGAAAUAUUACACCAACAGCCUCUUAUAUCGUCUUCAUCCUCGGUUUUCUUUUUUAAUUUUCUUGCUGUCAGUCGUGUUGAUUGUUUGCAUUUGAAGUCGUUUCGUUUCGAGCUCACAGUUGUCCAAACUGACUCAAACGCAGCAUUAAACAAACUUCUCGGGCCUCUAGUUUCACGUCGUUGAAGUGUUGCUAACAUCACAGCGGUUAAUCCAGAGCGUCCUGAAAAAUCUCAUUUUAAACAAAAAGAACUUAUUUAACAGCCUUAAAAUUAGCUAGACUUUAUAUUUUCUCACUUUUUGACUGGUCUGAGUCUAAAACAAGCGUUGCGUUUCAUUCUACAUUGGGUUAAAAAAUUCUGAAAAUGUCUUAAACUCAGCAGAGAUUUAUCAAAAGUUUGAUUAUUUGAUUCAGAUAUGUCCAAAAUUACUCAAAAGUUGUAUUAAUUUACUUCAAAAUGCCAGACGGACUCUCUCUCUUACUGCAGAUGAAUAGUUUAUGCAGUAGUUUGACAUGUAAGGGACGAGUUUCUCUGUUCUCUGAGCAGAUUCUAGGCCCUUUCUUCUUUUUUUACUGCCAUUGUUGCACAAACUUUUGUGAAACUGAAGGUCUGAAGUCAGAUUUAUGAUGGAUGUAGAAACUUCCAUCUGUGAUUUAAAAAAAAAAAAAAAAAAGAUCCAAACAUGUAUAAAGAACUCCGAAUUUGUCAAAAAUAACAACAAAUGUUAAAAAAAUAACCCAGAAUUUAUCUAGAAAGUGUCAGAAGUUUUCCAAAAGAACAUUUGCCCAGAUGAACACAAAACUACUAAAAUUGUCUUGAAAAAUGUUCAGGUUUGGUCCAGUUUGAUGACGAGUGCUGAGAGACCAGAACCCGACCUGAGUCUAGCAUCCAGCCGUACAAAACACCUGAAAUCUUCUCCCUUUAAGUUCAUCGUCUCUCGAAAAUGACUUGAAACCUUUUCAAAAUGACUCCAUAUCUGUUGAAGUGACUCAAAAUUUGUCUGAAACAUCCGGAAUAAAAAACUUUUGGCACAAAAAAUGGCACAAUUUGCUCAAAAUUACUCAAAAAAAUAGUCUAAAAUGACACAAUCCAUUGUAAAAAUGACUUAAAAAUCGUCCAAUCGUACUUCAACUUUACCCAGUAUUAGUCAGCUUGUCCCAAAUGUGAGGAAUAUUAGUCAAACUUUGUCACUUCACAAAUCAAAUCUGAAACAUCAGGCAACUAAAAAAGUGAAUUUUCACUCAAAAAUGUCAAAAACUCUGCUUCAAAGUUUGUCAUGUACGUCUUUUGUGAGGCAUCUCUUCGGGAUUUCACUGACGGCUGGAUUAAACAAGACAUGAGAAGAUGUCCGUUUUGCAUUUUUGCGCUUUUAUUUUGGUAACGGUUGUUUUAAAGACCAGUUAUUCUCAGUUUAAAAUGGCAGCUUAUGUGAAAACCGAUCGGCAAGCGAACACAGAAGGAAGCGGUGGUGAUAAACGGUUUAAAUGUGGAGCUUCUGUUGCUUCAAGAGGCAGAGAAUCAAAUACGAACUUCACAUCAUGAUGCUGCCACCAACAUGCCAAACCUCAAGAUAAAAUGUCAAAAUUAGACCUUAGUUUGAGCUCAUCUAAGGUUUAUUUUAAAAUAUAACUCAUAAUUAGCUGCAUCCUAUUUUUUAAUGUUUUUUACAACAUCAGAAAUCAGUCAGAAGUCCAAAAUGCUCGACUAACUUUAAUUUAAGUGGAAGAAAAUCAGCAGUUUGGGAGAAAACAGGUUUAAAAAUGAGAUUAGAGUGGAAGCUUUGUGCAGCUUUUCUCAACUAGGAUCCUUUAAACGAGUCGUGAGGUGAAUCUGUGCUGUUCAUGUUAACCGUCGCUUUAGACUAAAGUGCCUAAAAUAAGCCUGAGGUGUGUUUUUAUCUGUUUGUCUGAAUUUAAAGGCACUAUGUCGGUCACACGGUGCCUUCAUUUGAAGAUGAUGAAGCUCGACUAGGAGGAGCUUCUUCACGAGACGCUGAUGUGAUGAAUUUCAUUGUGUCGCUCAAUAAAAUCUUUUCUAUGACUCAAAA